AUGGCGCAAGGUGCGGCUCUUGCACAAUUAUCAACCACACUCAGCAUCUUUAACGAUUCAUUAAAUGAGCCGAAUAAAUUGAAUGUCAAAGCGCUGCAAACAAUUCAACAGUAUUUAAAUAAUCCAAAAGUAACAACGUUAGAUCAAACAGACACAGAACUUAUGCAACAUACACUAGAAUAUGUAGAAAAGAAAUUGAGAGAAUCAAUAGUUAUUGAACGAGUUUCAUCAGUGACAAUAAAAAAAAUUAAUCGUCAACUAGAAAAUCUUGCAGAAUUAAUCCUUGAGAAUAGAAAAGAAAUAACGGGAGAUGCUUAUUUCAUUAUUGUUAAAUUAGAAGUAUCGUUUCUUGACAUAUUAUCUGAUGAACAAGACACUUAUGAUAAAGAUUGGCAAAAAAUGUUCGAAAAGAAUAAGAUGACAAGUGAAAUCUUUGAAUCAUCACCUAAAGCACUUCAACCCUGUGCUUUUUAUUUGGAUCGACAACAACGUCUUAUCAGCGAGUUAAUGAACGCAGCAAUAUUCAAUGUUAUAGAAUAUUUUCAACAAAAGGAAGAAUCUUUUAAUGAAUAUUUUACACGGAAAUUUCUCGACUCACUCAGCGAAAAAGCCAAAAAUCUAAAUCAUGUGUUGAAAGACAACAUAAGCAAUGAUGUGUUCACCAUUUUAUCGACAACUGCCGGCAAGUGUAAGAUACCAAUGGCCGAUCUUAUACAUCAUUUGAGAUAUGCGAUUACUGGUUUUGAAGAACAGGUGAAUGAAUUUGCUGAUUCACUGCAGGACUAUAUCGAAGAGACAGAAUCACCGACAUUGGCAGGAUUCAACAAGACACUGCAUCCUUCAUGGGCUCUCACACAGACAGAAGUGGAUCUAUUUAGCGGUCUGUUUGAUUUGUAUUAUGAAAUACUUUUAUAUCCUUUCGAUGAAAUUCCACAGCUUCUGUUUCAGGUUGCCGAAAACAUUUCUGAUCCUGUAUUGGUAACGGAUAGUACAACACCAUCAAGAAUGAUAGACACAGCUGAUACUAUCGAAAUACCCAAAAAAUUAAGCAGUGUAGCUGAAAGCACACCCCCUGCAUCUAUAUCUACUGUUUCUGCCACCGGCUCGUCUCCUUCAACUGAAAAGUCAAUGCGACCUCUUUUAUAUGAAACUGACUUGAAACUUAUCUGGAUUGAAGAUGGUCUAGAAAACUAUUAUGAAUUGUACUGUAAAAAAAUUGAGCCAGCGUAUAGUACAUAUUGUGCUGCCACAGAAGUCCUAUCAAACUUACCAAAUGAUUGGAUAAAUAGUCGUAUUUUUCUAUUCUUAAACGCUAGAAAUGCACUCUCAUUAUUGCCCAGUAUUCAUGGUAAAGUCGAGCUUUAUCGAAUUUAUGUUCUUUGCAACGACAAAUCGGAAGAAAAUCAAGUUUUAAGUAAUCAUAUAAUAUUCGAAAGAAAACUACUUGUAACUAGUGACGAAAAAAUAUUUAUUCAACAAUUAGCACUGGACAUUCUACCAUCAUUGAUUGAGAUCGGUGAUCUCUACUUGGAAACAAAUGAAUAUGACAAUGCUAGUAGAUGGUUUGAAUCGGCACGGGAGAAAAUAAAUGAGUAUGACAAGUCCAAGAAUAAAUUAUUGCUUCCAUUAGUCGAGAAAAGAUUAAUGAAAUGUUCGAGGUAA